UCUCCUCUCGGAGGGUGGUGGGGCUGUUGAACAAAACAGGUCCUUAGUUUCAUAGCGGGAAAGUGGAACGAAACGAAAAAGAAAAACGUCUCGACCUAUUCAAGACCCUAGAAACCUAAAACUUCCGAAGUUCUUUUUCGUCAACAACAAAAUCCCUAACUUGAAGAAAUUGUAAGAAAACCAGUGUUGAGUCAUUUGACCGUGCAAAACCGGAUUAUCUUCCACCACCAUAGAUUCAACAAAGAAGUACAGUACAGCUCUACAGUAGGAAUUUGCAUAGACUCGGUGAUGGCUUUCGCAGCGUGUCCUAUUUGUGAUGUUAUAGUGCCUUUAACUGAGCUUGAAAGGCACGCAAACAAUCAUUUUGAGGAAGAGGAACUUGCAAAGGACUUGAAGUUGUCUCAACAAAUUGCGAGGGACAUGGAGUUGGCUCAACAAAUUGCCCUUAGACCAACUAGUCCUCGAAAAAACACAGAUAAUCGGAUAUGUAGUACCAGUUCUUUUCAAUCUAAUUUUGGAGAUAAUUCAGAAUCCGGUACCUCAAGAUGUAAUAGUAAGACGAAUGAUGAUGCAGAAAUAUCUAUUCCAGAGAAAAUUUCAUGUUUAGUUAAUUUACAGCUUAGAAGCUUUUACUAUAAAGUUGAAGGGAGUCUCAUGGCUUUGUUGAGGAGAUGUUUAGAAUUGGAAAGAGAAAAUUCGACUUGUAUUUUAUCAAGCUAUAUAGAUCAUUUUCAGUCUGUUGAAUCAGAAGAUCGAGGGUGGGGUUGUGGAUGGCGUAACAUUCAAAUGCUAUCCUCACAUUUGUUAAUGCAAAGGCAAGAAGCCAAGGAAGUAUUGUUUGGCGGGUCAGGAUUUGUUCCUGAUAUCGCGUCACUCCAAAGAUGGCUUGAAAUUGCUUGGCAGAGAGGUUUUGACAUAGAUGGCUCAAAUUCAUUGAAAAAUGAAGUUUAUGGCACGAACAAAUGGAUUGGAACAACUGAAUGUGCGGCACUGUUUCGCUCUUUCGGGAUUCGGGCCAGAAUAGUAGAUUUUGGUAGUAAGGAACUUGAAUCGUUAUAUUGUGGUGGUAAUAGAGGGGCGGAACAUGUUGAGAUGAAUAGUGAAGCGAAAAGAAAAGUAGAGCAAGUUUAUGGACCAAUGGACAAUUUUUUACAAGGAAGGAAUCUCAGAAGGCAGCAACAACAACCUAUAACUACUGGCCCCGACUCUCAAACUAGGGAUAGUCCUUCUACCUCCACCAGUGGAUAUAGCAAUGGAUUUAAUGGAAGCGCUAAGUCAAAUAAAUAUGGUGUGAAGAACAUCAAGGGUCACGACGUUUUGGUCGAUUGGGUCUGGAACUAUUUUGCCAACGAGGAGUUCAGCAGGUUGGACAAUCACCAACGUGUUACUAUUAGUAAAAAAACGCCUUUAUACUUUCAGCAUCAGGGUCAUUCGAGAACCAUCGUCGGGAUACAACGCAAGCAGCCACAAGAUGGGUCGAAACAGUACACCCUCUUAAUUUUAGACCCUGGCCAUAAAACAAAAGCUCUGGAGUGGUCUCUUAAACAAAAUUUUGGGUGGCAAAAGCUUAUCAAAAGAGGGGUCCACACUCUUAAGAAGCCACAAUAUCAGUUGUGCUAUAUUGACCAAGGGAUUGCAAAUGAGAAAGAAACAGAACAAAUGAAAACUAUAGAUAGCAUCUUCUUUGAGGCUUAGAGUAACAUUGUAGGCAGAGACAUCAGUACUUGGGGUUGAACUGCAAUCUUCGGCAAUGCAAUAUGCAAGGUCAUUCUCCGGGCUUGACUCUCACCCUUCUCAGUGUAGGAGUAAACUUCCAUCGCAUUCAAUUGCACCACAAUCUCCCUUGUUGGAGCAGUUCCAUUUUGAGCAUGUCUAGCAAUUUUUCCUUUAAAAGUUUCAAGUCUUUGUACAGUUCCACCGUACCCGGUUUGCUUGACAAAUCCUUCUAUAUAAGGGAACAACAACAUAUGUAGCACCCACCACCAUUGCACUCACAUGUAGAGAUAAAGCUAUAACAGUUUUUUAUGAUUUCUUUUCUCUAGUAAUAUUACUAGAUCUUGGAUUAAACCCUUUGUUAGACAUGAAUUCCUAAAUUGAGGAUCAAAAUUGGCGCUACUACUACUACUGCCACUGUAACUUGAUACAAAUGCUUUUGUAAUUGAUUCUGUUUGA